CUAUUUGAAAUUGUAGUUUUGAAGGAUUUGCUAUGUUUGAUAUGAUUGGAUAAUUCUACCUAAGAAAAGGACAAAUUCUGUGUAUUAUGGAUACCCUUUCUCCUUGCUAUUGGUCAUUUUACUACGAUAAGCAAAACCGUCCCAUUUACUAACCUUCGCGUAUGAAAAUUUCAAGUUUUCGCCGGGGCCAUUUGACAGACACACCACCGCCACGAUGGACAAUAACAACAGCAUCCCUUAUGGAACUAUUUCAUGGGAUAACGAAGAUUCAUUUUCCCCCUCGAGUCAGCAAAGAGAAGCACAACGUGUUCCUUCAGCAAGAAAUCUCAAUCCAGUAAACAAUCGUCAAAAUGGCUUAAGAUACUCUCUACGAGGCCCUCAGUUCCCAGCUCCACAACAAAGAAAUGAGCGUGUUGGUCUGUCUAGAAACUUAGAUAUAUUAAAUCAUCGCCAAGGACAGCCACAGCGAAAUGUUUCAAAUUCAGCAACUUCGAGUACCAUUCAGUAUGAAGGGCUAUUCUCUCUGCGGCCUUUGCAAAAUCCCUCAAUACAAAUGCAAUCAAACAGUAAUGAAGGUGAAACAUUUUCUCCUUCUCCAUCUUCUUAUGUUAACACCCUGCAGGGGUCAAGUUCAAUAAACACUGGAAUAGCAUCAGACGUGGAACUUCCAAGUUUUUCUUCUGCCAGUGUUUCCAGUGACAACAUGUGUACUAGUAAUGUAGGAAUACCACAAAGAGUAACAGAUAUAAGGUAAUAAUGUUAUUGAUAUAAUAAUAAUAAUAAUAAUAAUAAUAAUAAUAAUAAUAAUAAUAAUAAUAAUAAUAAUAAUAAUAAUAAUAAUAAUAAUAAUAAUAAUAAUAAUAAUAAUAAAAGAUCCUUACAGCUGAAACUUACAGUAUAAAGUUGUGCAAAUUUCUUAACAGGAUUUUCCACUCUGGGGUCCACAGGACCCAUAGAGAAGCUAAAAGGGGUCAUGAGGGAGAAAAGUGGUCACAAUUUUCAGAUAAAGUCAACUCAAUGCUUUACUCACAGGUCUGAGUAAGAGUAAAUCCCUUGUAAAUUCUAAGAUAAUAAAUAUCCAAUUUUACAUACAGUUAACUCAAUGUUUUACAGCUGUGAAUUAGAGUAAAGAUGCCAUAACCAAUUAACCAUUUGGCUUAUAUUGUAAGGGAAUAUGUGUACAUAUGUGUACAUAUGUUUUGUAAUAGGUCUUUCUUCCUUCUUUGCGCCCUUGGGCUAAUUAUAGUGCAGCAUUUCCCGAAAAAGUGCGGCAAUGUCACAAUGCCGCAGUAUGAUAAGAACACUGGUUGUGAAAAGAAAGCCUGAAAAAAUACAGGCUUGCCAGGAUUCAACCCAAACCUCUACGAUACCAGUGCAGGGUUUUAACCAGUUGCGCUACCAAGCCAACUUGGAGCUGGUCUUUCUAAAAAUUGGUUUGUGGUGUACCUGGGAAAGUUGAGGAUGAAGUAAGCUUGUUUCAGGUGUAAAGAUAGUAGAGUAGGAAUUGUGUGAAGACAAAAAAUAAGCAAAAGAAAAUUUAUGCCAGCCACACAAAAUCAAUGCCAUUGGCCAGUCUGUUAGCCUAUGUGAAGAAUUCCGUCUCUGCAAAUAAGGAAAAAACGGAGGGAGGAUACAACUACAUUAAGUGUGUGAUCAUGCAAGUUUAUUGUAAGUCCAACAAAUGCCUUGCACAAAGAUAAAAUUUACACUGGCAGGAGAAGUUAUGGAGGAUCACACAAUACUAGACAGAUUUGAUCUUUCAUGUAAAAGGUGGCUGUAAACAACAACAAUUUCUUCACGAGCAAAAAGCAAAGAUGAGCAAGUUUACAGCAGUCUUGUCCAGUUUUACCAGAAAACUGAUGGGACUUUUUCUGUGCGCAGAUGCACGUUAAUACCACAUGAAUAAUCCCGGAGGACAUCUUACAUCAAGUGCUUAUAUAGUGUCAGUGUGUUUAUUUUUUGUAUUAUUUGUUUGUUUGUUUGUUUGUUUGUUUAAAGGAGCGAUGAUAGUACUUUGGGCAGUAGAACAAAACGGAAAAGUAGUACCACUGAUAGGGAGGAAGGGUAAGCCAAACUACAUACUAGAAAAACCAAAAUUUCUUCAUCUUGGAGUAAACCUUUCUUGAUAGUCAAUAGGAGGAAUAUUUAAAAAAACCUCCAGUGCUUUCAAAAUAAUAUCCAAGAUCCUUUGUGAUCCAAUGCAUAAUCAGUAAGAUUAUAAAUGUUAUGGCCCUAGCAUCAUGAUAGAUCACACUGAAAAGAAGAAAAUGUGCAAAUUGACUCUACUGGAAAUUCAUUGCUGUCAACAUAUAAUUAUUGUAACAUCUGAGACCAAAUACUGCUGCUGUUAGGCUAGAAUUAUUGCAAUACAAUGACAGGCAUCAAACAAUCAACUGUCAGUCAUUUCCAGAACUAAAGACAAAACUCAAGGCAGCUUAUCUGACGGGUUGGAGCACUAUAGAAAUGUCUUGUAAUCUAGAGGUCCCAUAUUCUAGUCCUGCUCAAACUACCUGCUAAAUUUCUCCUUGGCAAAGCUUGUGAAUAGCCAACUGAUUUGCCUUCAGCUAGCUGGGAUUCUCAAAACAUUGUUACUUGAAAUAUUUGUUUUAUAGUUAUCUGUUUCAACUCAUUAGCCAUUAUGCUAUAUAUACUUUUGUACUUGCAGUAGUCUAACAUGACUCUUUCUUUUUUUGUCUUUUAGCCAGGGUGGUCCAUCCACUAAACAAUUUUUGUCAGAGGAAAGAAUGGCUGCGAGAAUGCACAAUUUAAGAAUAAGCAAUGACCACAAUUAUCCUGUAAAUAUUAUGCAAAGGUAUUUAGAUCAGUUUGUUGCACAUCAGCCACCUGGUAGUUCUGAAAGUCCAGUUGAUAGUGAUGACCAAGAGUUUGAAAAUAAUGACGAGAGCACAGACAGAAGGUGAGUGGGAAAGAAAAUAACAGCUCUUUGAAAAAGAAGAGGAGGAGAAAUUAUAUUCUGUGUCUCAAAGUGAAUGUUUAUGUUAGCAUAAUGUGUGUGGUUACAUUAGAGCAAAAUUUUCCUAUUCUAAGGUGGCUUAUAGCUUAUUUGAAGAACAAAGUAAAUCAACCUUCAUUCUGUAUGCAUCUGGCAUACAAUUUUCAACCUGAUACCAGUACUAUCAUUCUUAUAACAGAAAGUUACAGAUAGUAUGGUAGGCUCAAUUACUAGCCACAGUUCAGGAAAAUAAGCUGGCAGUCACUCCCGCCCCCCUGAAAGAGAGAGACUGAAUCUGGGAGACAACAGAAAUCCAGCCACAUUGUAUGGUAGAAUCGCAAUAUAAUUAAUCCCCAAAGAACAAACAACUCAAUAUAGUGGAUUAUACUUUCUGUCCCCGUUAAGUAUAGUGUUGGAUAAGACCAAAAUAUAACGACUCUCAUCAUAAGGAGUAGCCUCCCACGCAAACGUUCUUAGGGGUUCAUCACACGUUACUACCCCACGUGGGAAAGGAAUGAUUGCGUGACGAACCUGUAAGAACGUCUCCGUGGAAGGCUACAUAAGGAACACAUUUUCCCAGUUCUAUGUUACUUUGCUGUUUAGAUUCAACAAAAUAUUAAUCUUCAAGUAAGUGGAGGGGGCCAGGGUUCCCUUUCAGACCUUAGGAUAAGAUGGAGGCCCUGCCUUGAAAAUAGUAUUUUCUCAGCCCUGGUAAUUCUGUUUACGCCCAAAAAUUAGCAGGGCUGAUUCCUUCCCUAGAUCAAUCACUGCUCUGUUAUUCUGAGUUCCAAUGUAGCAAGAAUUAGCAUGUUGAAACAGGAACACUACUUUUAAUAUUACCCAGUACACUUAGCUGUUUGUUUCUAAUUUUAAUUUUCUUUGGAUCCUACUUUGUGUUUUAACAGGCAAGAAAACCUGCCAAUUUUUGUAAUACCCCCUAACGUUAAGAAAGCUUUGAAUGAAACUCAGUCUAAUUCAAUCCUUCCAGAAGCUAUCUUCAAGCAGUUGUAAGUUUAAUAUCUGUUAUUUUAGUGUAGUUUAUACCAUCCAAUCAAAUACCUUUUGUGUGCACAGAGAACAACUCAACAUUUCACCCCAUAAAACAUGUUUGGGUUCAGUAAGGAAUAAUUUGCAUUUUUAAAUUGCAGAAGAAAACAUAUCUAGUAGCAAGUGAAUACAGCCAUUUCUCCUAGCUCCUCGUUGCUUGGGAUGUUUUGCCAGGAGGAACGUCUGCGACUCAGCGACAGAAAUUCCACACUGAUGACCAUAAUCUGUCCGGAAUGGUCAGAAGCUCUGAUUGGUCGACGUAGUAGUUAUAUUCAUUUUUUUUUUGUUUUACCUAUCGUUUAGGAAUGACAGACAAAAGACAAAAGGCCACAAAGGUCAAAUGUAAAUGUGAUGAAUCUAUUACAAAACAGUCGAUAUUCCUAGAAUAUAAUUAUUCUUCUUUAGCAAAACAUCUGAGUUUUGCUGGAGCUCGUUCGCAAAAGAUCACAAGACUUACCAUAAUCAGCCAGGAGAAACAUAUUAGAUCAAACAAAUUUAAAUGCGGAACCCCAUGACUACUAGAUUUAUUAUGUAAACAUUGAUUUACGUCAUCAGUAUGGAAUUUCUGUCACUGAGUUGUAGACAUUCCUCCUGGCGAAACAUCUCUAGCAGCAGGGUGCAAGGAGAAACGCCUAUUUGCNUGUUGGAAGUCUUCUUAUUUUGCUAUAUGUUUUUUUUAUUUUUCUUUUGUUUUUUUGUUGAGUUGCUAUUGUAUUGUUUACCUCGCGUUUUGCCCCCCCCCCCCCCCCCCCCCGGGAUACUCCCCUAUAAAAGUGACGGGGGUGCUCAUCGGAAAAUUUUGAGAACACUCGUUAAAGGUACCAGAAUUUUGUCUCAUGGCUGUCCCCUAAAUUCAUUUCCACCUCUGGCACCAGAAAGAGAGUCAAAAAUGUUUUGAUGAGAUAGAGACUGUUGUCAAGAAGCCACAUCCAGCCAGAGGGUUAUUUGCAGUUGUCUCUUGCCAUUUUGUCUGCCUUAUGUUGCUGAUUCAAGGCCAUUUUGCUUGUUAAAGCAUACACUGACAAGGCCUUUAGAGAACUAGCUCUUUGUAAGAGCACAGGGGUAGCAUCUGAACGGUCGGAUUUUAAAAUAUUGUUCUUAAGUUCAAUUUACAGUAUUGAUGAUAGAUUUAUUACAUAUGCUUCUUUUCCCUUUUUAUGAUAAUCAUAGAAGCAAGCCAUGCCUAGCAGUCAUUCCCUGGAAAAGUCCAGAAGACAGGUUGAACUUGUCAUCAGAGGACAAACCAGAUGAUCAGGUGAAGCCCCUCACCCCCCUUACCCACCCCCCGCCCCCCCCAAAAAAAAAAUUCAGGAGGUUAUUCUUGUGACACCACAAAAAAUACAUCUUAAAUGCUCAAGGAGCAUACAACCAUUCUGCAGGUGUACAUACAGGGCUGUCAAUAAAGACUGGGGACCAGGGAUUUCCUAUGGCUACUAAAAGCAUGACUCCUUUCUUCUUACGUAAGGAAAGAAAAGGAGAAGGAAAAGAUAUUCCCAGCUGUUCAAUUUCCUGUUUGCUAAUUGCAAUAUAUACCAGGCAACUUGAAAUCACAGCAGCAGCCCUGAAUAUACAUAUAUUUUUUACCUCUAUCACUCACAAAUUUGUUUGACUUUGCUACAAAGGCUAAGGCUAUGAAUAAAAUGCACGAUAAGGUAAUAAAAAUCAAUGAUAAUAAUUUAAAGUGAAAAUGAAUGGUCAUGCGGUCAAAAUCUAAAAUACAAAAAUAUUCUUAUCUAACUAGAAUUUAUCUUUGUACUUAACAACGACUGUCAGUGCAAUGUGAACUUUUUCUACUUGAACAUGGUUCAGAGAAACUAUCCAUUUCUGCAAUCUUUCUAUGGUUACAUUCACGAAUUUCUUAUCUUCCAGAAACUUAGCAAGUUUCUUCUGUAUGUUAAUGGAGUAUGCAGCUAGGAAAUCAAAUACAACUUCUCUACUGCUAACUUUGUGUCCCGGAUAUAAACUCUUCACUCCUAAUUUUAAAUCUACAUAUUUGUCCCUUUUAUUAUCAUUAUCAUUAUUUUUAUUUAUCAUCAUUGUCAAAAGCAAAUACAGUUACCAGUAUGUAUGUUCUCUUCUUAUGUACCAAAAAAUUCUACCAAACAUCGUACAUUUUUCUGGCAUUGCCUUGGUAAGAAUUUUGUCAUUAUUUUUAGGACCAGAGAGGAAAUGGACUUAGCAGCAGCAAUAGCAGUAGCAGUACUAAUUCGUGUACAAGUCUUAUCAUGGAGAGCUGCCCUGAAGCAGAAAGGUUUGAAGACAAAGGGUAGGUUACUACAACCCAAACUCUAAACAAACCUACAAAUGACUCAUAAAAAAAUGACCAUGAGGAUUUAGUUCAAGAUUGAGUUUGAAUUAUAUGACUAUGGUAAAGACAUUUUCAGUCAGUUGUAUCUCCAGAACUCUUUUUCUUUUUACUUUUCUUCUGUAAAUAGAAUGCUUUGAUAAACUUAAAUUUUUUAUGAUGUAUUUGAAACUAUCAGUAUUUUAUGUGUAUGGUGAAAUAUUAUUAUUUUCUACUGAAUUGUGUUUUUUACAAGUGAUUUCCAAAAGGAUCACCAUUCCAAUGCCUGAAGUUUGUAAGGGAUUUUAAAUGGAGUUCAAGGCCAAAAUGAAAAUAUGUUAUUUUUUUAAAAUGUCUUGUCAUUAGUGGAAAUGUAUUUAACAUAACCUUGAGCCCCUAAUGCUGGCCUCUACUUGAAUCCACCCAUAAAUGGUAAUAAAAACAUUUUAUAUUAUUUCUUUUCUGUCACCAUCCUAGAUGAAUUUGCUCUGUGUGUUUUCAUAAAUGAUGGUAGCUUAAAUUUUAUUUAUUUAUUUUUUGCUUUUACUGACAGUGUUCACCAUGUUGAGAUUGUUGGUGAAUGUAGCAUGUUUAGUUUGGAAGAUGAUGAUAUGGAGCCAUGAGAAGACUGUGUCAGUUUUUCAACACUCAGCUGUCAAUGGAACCUGUUUGAAUUGCAUAUUUGUUGUAAAUUUCAGCAAAAAAAAAAAAAAGAAAAAUU